AAAACGUGACUCAUACUGUUCCCAGGGACUCUGCUCUAAGAAAGAGAAUGAGGCAUAUCAAGCAUCUUGCAAAGAAAGAUUCUUCAGUGAGGAGGAAAAUGGAGUUCUAGCUGCCCGGGCUGUACUUGUUGACAUGGAACCUAAAGUUAUCAAUCAAACACUGUCAAAGGCUGCCCAGUCUGGCCGAUGGAAGUAUGGUCAGCAUGCAUGCUUCUGUCAAAAACAAGGUUCUGGAAACAACUGGGCAUAUGGUUACUCUGUUCAUGGACCCAGGCAUGAAGAAUCUAUAAUGAACCUAAUUCAGAAGCAAGUGGAGAAAUGUGACUCUUUGAGUGGUUUUUUCAUCAUAAUGAGUAUGGCUGGUGGCACAGGAUCAGGGCUAGGAGCCUUUGUUACCCAGAAUUUACAAGAUCAGUACCCAAACUCUUUGAAAAUGAAUCAGAUUAUAUGGCCUUAUGGAACUGGUGAGGUUAUUGUUCAGAACUACAACUCCAUUUUGACUCUUUCUCACUUGUACCGAUCUUCGGAUGCCCUCCUUGUUCAUGAGAAUGAUGCUAUUCAUAAGAUCUGUGUGAAACGGAUGAAUAUCAAACAGAUUUCCUUUAGCAAUAUAAAUCAAGUCCUCGCACAUCAGCUGGGAAGUAUAUUCCAGCCUACUUACUCCGCAGAAGGCUCAUUUCACUGUAGAAGGAAUCCAUUAGGAGACUUAAUGGAAGAUUUAGUUCCCCAUCCAGAAUUCAAGAUGCUGGGUGUGCGUAACAUUCCUCAGAUGUCUGAGAACUCACUGGCAUAUAGCACGUUUACUUGGGCUGGCCUUCUCAAGCAUUUGAGACAGAUGCUCAUCUCUAAUGCGAAAAUGGAAGAAGGUAUCAAUUGGCAGGUACGGCCCCCUUUAUCAGGACUUCCUGCUCUUGGCAAAAUGUCUUUCAACAAAGAGCUACAUUUUAACACUUCCAUUGCUAACUUAGUCAUCCUUCGUGGGAAAGACGCGCAAAGUGCAGACCUGGCGGGAUUUAAAGAUCCAGCUCUCUAUACUUCCUGGUUAGAGCCUGAUAAUGCUUUCAACGUAUGGAAAACUCAGCGAGCCUUCAACAAAUAUGAGAAGUCUGCAGCAUUGGUCAGCAAUAGCCAGUUCUUAGUAAAACCACUUGAUGUGAUUGUGGGCAAAGCAUGGAAUAUGUUUGCUUCAAAAGCCUACAUUCAUCAGUACACAAAAUUUGGAAUUGAAGAAGAGGACUUUUUGGACAGUUUCACAUUGUUAGAGCAGGUCAUUACCAGUUACUAUAACCUCUGAUCUUGAACAAAAGGGAAAAGUUACCUUAAAGCGUUUUUGGACUAAAUUAUUUUCAAUACUACUAUGUCUGUAAGGUUUUCAAAAUCUUAUCUGUUAAAGUAACAAAGUGGAAUGCUGAUUUCAUUUUGCAUACAGUACCCAAAGAAAAGGAGGAAAACCUUUUAAGUGGAGGAUAGCAUGUUUUCAUGAAAACAUCUACUUAUACUUCAUUUUUAAGAAAAAAAAUUGGUGCUUUUAUAAAGAACGUUAGAAACACUUUGCUUAGAUGUUGGGACUCGAACUAUCCAAGAAAAGGGCAUAUUCUCUUUUAUCCUCAUGUUCCUAAAUCUUUCCUCUUUACUCCAAAGAAGAGUCACUAAAUAUGAGCUAAACUUUCACAGCACAAUUUAAAGCUAAGAAAUUUCAAUUCUGUACUUAAACAUAUUCAUCUUUGAAGUGAAUGCUUUGAACCACAAGAGGGAGCUGUUGUCAAAUGCUAAAGGGUGAACAUCCAUUUUGAACAUUUAUAAUUCUAACCAUAACAGAGUAAGAUUUUUCCAUUUAAGCAGCUAUUUAAAAAUGAAUGUCAGGAUUUUGGUAAUAAAUGCAUAUCAUGCUUAAAUUCAAAAGGGACUAAAGUUUUACUUUGUUUGCUUUUCUUAAAUUUUCUGGGCAUCAGCAAAUUGGGACAAGUUUUCUUUUAGAUCUUGGAAUGCCAGAGCAGAAAUUGAUCGUAUUCAACUAUUGUUUUAAAAUGACUUGUAGGUGUUUAGGUGAUUUGGAAGAUCGUUAUGUUUUUGUAGUGAAGCUGUCAGCCAAAUUUCACUAAGUUGAGAAAAUCAUCACCAAGGAAAUGUAGUGCUUGAAACUGACACACAGAUGCGGGUUUGACUCAAAAGGACAAAACACACUUGGAAACUGGCAACUGAGUUUGAGGGGAAACGAUGUACUUCAAUAAAACACAUCACAUGCAAUGUAUUAACAAAUGUAAAACGGUCAACGCAUAGGAACAUUUGCCCUUUCUGCCAAAUCUACCAGUAGUGACUUUUAUUUUUAUAUGGAAAAAUGACAGUUCACAGCUUCACUGGUUUCUUCUUUUUCAUUCCAUAUGGAAAUGAUUACCUUUUUGCUGUUUUUGUUAUCAACUGUUGCUAUGAUUUAAAAUACUGAACCAUAUCUUAUUUCUAAGGAAUGCAAAAAGUGGUCUGUUCAGCUGCUAAAAGGCACACCCCACUGCAUUUUGUUAACCCAAGUAUACUUGAAAAAUAAUAAGAUCAUGAUUUUUACAAAACAAAGUUUAAAGUAGUUGUUUAGCAUUGAAGAGACCCAAAAACUGAAACAAUUUCCCAGACUAAACUAGUGUAAAUGAAGAUCUAUAACUAAAUUCUCUCCAUAGGAGUUAAGCUGAUUCUAAGGAACUUUGCUAGAAGGGUAGUUUCAAGAAAGUUGUAAGUUGAAAUCAUUUGAGAAGGGGAUUCAUGAACUAACAACAAGGACAAGUAUAUUUGUAGUUUGUCAAUUCAAGGGAUCAACUGCAGGUUAACAUUAGCAGUAAACCCCAGUUUAGACAGAGCUCUAGGUCUGUUCUUUAUGGAAGUUUGACUCCUUUUUGUGAUCCACAGCUGCAUUAUUUGAUUUGUGUGAUGCUUAAAUAGUUGCAAGCUUGUUUUAAACAUUUACAUGGAAAAUUUUUUUUUUCUUGUCUAUUUGGAAUAAUAGAAAGUUUUUGCUAUGAGAGUAGUAAUUUUAAGUUAAAAAUUUACACAAGGUAGCCAACACCAAAGCUUCAGGAUAUGGGGUGGCAUUGGAAAUCUACUUUGUGUGGAGACAAUGGCCAAUUGGUCAAGACAACAUAGAAUCAUAAGCUUCCAGGUAGACAGAUCCCAGAAAACUCUGAAAAUGUAAUUUCUUAAACUGCUGGGUAACUAGCAUACUAUGCUGUCCCUCAAACAUGAUCCCCUAGACACAAGAUACACCUCUGUAGGCAGUGAGUGCAGCACAAACUCAAACUGCUUCUAAUGUUGAAGCUUUUUAAAUCACCCUUCUCUGCCUCUCUUUUUUUCAAAUGGCUCCUGUUUAUGCUUUCUUAAAGAGUUCUUUACUGAAAGCUGUAGACCCUGUUUCUUAUUCAUUUCUUCUUCUAGCUUUGGACUUUUUCUUCCCUAUUAUCCAGUCAAUCUGCAACAUCUUUCUUUUUUAACCCUUUACUUAUGAUUCACUAAGUGUACCGAUAAUUCAGUUAACCAGUUCAUUCAUUCCACCAAUAUCUGUUCAAUACCUAGUAUACACCAGGCACUGAGUGAGGUGAUGAAUACCAUAUAGUCUAAAUGAAGAAGCUUACAAUGUAGUUUAUAAGUUUCUUUGAAUGUUCGAUGCUACAAUUCUGGCUUCCUAAUUAUUGCUUAAUGUGGCCAUAUCCAUAUUCAACUUUUUACAGCAAAGAAUAUGGUCCAAGAGAAAUAAUUUUAUUGGGAGCUCUAGUCUUGGCUUCAAAUUUGUCUGAAACAUCUCCUUACUUCCUCUGUAGACUUUAUUUUGCAGUGUACAUACCAGUGAUUUUUCUCCUGACCACCAUGUUUAUCACACUUGAAUUUCAGUCCAAAAUUUUGUUUUAAAACAUGCUCCAUAUGUUCCUAUCCUGCUCUUAUCUCCCCAUGAGCCCAAGGUUUGGCAGUCAGUUCCUUUCUGAUUCUGCCACCUAUCUUCCAAAUAUGGCUUUCCCACUAACAUCUCAUUUUUGGUAAACAGUCAUUUAAGAGACAGUUGCUCAUCUGUAUCAAUCACAUUGUUUCCUAUGGGUUUUAGGAAUGUGAGCUGGAUGGAAACUCUGGCUUUACAUUUUUAACUAAAUAACUUCCUGCUCCUAAACCCUGAAAUGUCUCAGAGGAUGCACUGUCAGCCAUAUUAAUAGAUGGAAUCCUAUUCUGCAAGCAGGAAUGCUUGCACAAGAAGUUAAGAUAAACAAUGUAAAUAUUUCAAGUUUCUGGGAAGCACAGUGUUGGGUCAGUGUAGGAGACAAUAUGGCAUCCACGCUAUGGGAAAGAAGGAAAAAAAGAGUCCCAAUCAUUUAGAGAGUGAGUAAAGCAGGAAGAGAAGAAAAGGAAAGUGGGGGAACCGAUGAUGUCACCAAAGAACUGCCAAGUAACUUACAAGGAUUUCAGAAAAAGACUUGGUUUUUAAAUUAGUGAUUUUACCUAAUGAUGAAAAAUCUAAGACUAAUUUACAAGAAUAACUUAAAAAGAAACAGUAAGCUAAAUUAUGUGCCAUCCGAAUUUACCUUUGCCAAUGUCAAUAUGAUUGAUACUUUAUGGCUCUCCUGUCCUAUUUGGAUUUAAUUAUUUACACAGUGUGAGUACACGAAGAUUCUAUACCCGUGCUGUCCAAUUAGGUAGCCCCUGGCCACAUACGGCUAUUGAGCACUUGAUAUGUGGUUAAUCCAAAUUGAGAAGUACUGUAACACGCACUGGAUUUUAAAGAUUUAGUAUGAAUAAAAGAAUUUAAAUCUCUCAUUAAUAUAUUUUUUGUAUUGAUUGCAGGCUGAAAUUAUAUUUUAGACAUUAGUGAAAUAAAUUCUUCAAAUUAAUUUUAUUUAUUCAAAUUAAUUUUACUUUUCAAAGGUGACUACUAAAAUUUUUAGAUUUGUGGCUUUCUGCUGAACCUAGACAUUUCAGGGGCAAUGUCCUCCUGGGAAUUAUAGAAACUGGAGUUGAAGAAAAGCUUGUCCUUACUAGGUGAGAGGUCAUGAGAACAUGAUUGUAAGAAACAUGACAUGAAGUAAAAGAUGGGAGUUUCCUUUUUGAAGAAAAGGGGGCUGUUACGGAUUGAAUUCUGUCCUCCCCAAAAUGUGUGUCAACUUGGCUAGAUCAUGAUGCCC